CUAUCCAAGGCCCUCUACGAUCAGUACGAGCAAACACGCAAUAUCGACUGUCUUGACGAGGCCAUUGCUUUGUGCCGCGAGGUUUGUGACCAAUGUUCCGAGGAGCAUCCCCAGCGCCAUCGCGCGUUUCACAUCCUCGGUAUUGUGCUCGAAGCUCAUUAUAAGCAUACCGGUGACGAGGACUCGUUCCGGGAAUGCGUGUCUGCUUAUCACGUUGCAAUGGAACUACGACAGGAAGGACAUCCCGAGCGGCACUGGACGAUAUCCAAUCUGGGUGUUGUCAUGCAGGAGCGCUAUAAGCGCGCGGGCGACAAGGACGCCCUCCAGCAGGCUUCUGUCCUCCUUCGGAAGGCACUCAUCCUUCGGCCGGAAGGACAUUCACACCAUCUUUGGACGCUGGAAAUGCUUGCGUUCACCUUGGAGGCGCACUAUGGCGAGUUCGGCGACGUGGGGGUGCUCGACGAGACAGUGGUGUUGUACCGUGCGGCACUCCUCCUGCGUUCGGAGGGAGAUUCCGCCCGCGAAACGGCACUCGCUAGUCUCUCCCGUGUGCUCUUACUCAGAGGACGCCGCUCCAGAGACCGGACCGCCUUUGAGGAAGUAAUCGCGCUCGAUCGCGCGGUACUAGCACUGAGGCCUGAGGGGCACCCUGAACGCCACUCCGCAUUGAACAACCUCGGCCUUGCAUUAUAUGACCAUUACGUGCGGACGCGCGACCAAUCCGCCUUGGACGAGGCCAUCACACAGUACCGCGCAGCCCUGGAUAAACUUGCGCUCGUGCCACAUGGGCAUCCUAUCCGUGGUCAUUCCCUUUCCCUGCUCGGCAAACUGUACCGGAUUCAAUACCAGAAAUACGGUGAUCAAGCCAUUCUCACAGAGGCCAUUGUUUACCAACGCCAGGCUUUAGCUCUUCGUCCAAUUGGGCAUCCUCGCCGAGGAGACACUCUUUCUGAGCUCAGCGUGUCUUUGCGUCUAUAUCACGGACAUUCACCGACUCAAGGAGAAUUGGGGGAGGCUAUAUCUCUUCAGCGGGAAGGACUGGCACUCCGUUCGAGAGAUCAACCUGGUCAUGCUUACGCCCUUUACCACCUCGGAAAAUGUCUUCGGUUGCAUUAUCAACAGUCAGGGAACGAAACAACUCUCAUGGAAGCGAUUUCACUUCAACGCCAAGCACUCGUGCUCCGUCCAGAAUUCCACCCUGACCGUCGCUACUCCCUCCACGAGCUGAGCGAGUGCCUCUGUCUGCAAUACAAGCAGACGUUUAACAAGCGUGCUCUCAAAGACGCGAUUUCAUUGAAGCGCGAGCUGAUGCCGUUUCGUCCAGAAGGGCAUCCUUGCCGUGGAUACUUGCUUUCCGAACUCGGUGAAUGCCUGCGGUUUUAUCACGUUCAGUGGAGCGAUGAUGCUGCCCUCGAGGAAGCCAUAAUUCUCCAACGCGAGGCCCUUGCGCUCUGCCUGGUAGAACAUCCCGAUCGCGCCUUCCCCUUGUCCGAACUCACCGAGUGCUUGUGGCUGCAUUCCAGGCAGUCCUGUGACAAAUCAUCUCUCGAAGACGCCAUUUCAUUGCAGCGCGAAGCCGUAGCUCUGCGACCGCAAGGCCAUCCAGAUCUCGAUUUUUCGGUGUCAGCGCUUAGUGAUUGCCUCAUGAUGCGUUAUAGACGCUCUGGCGAGAUGUCAGACUUACAGGAGGCAAUCCGGCUCAAACGUCAAGUAUUUCACCUUCUUCCAGAAAGGAGUACAGGGCAGGCUCGGCGCGGACACGCUCUUUCCGAGCUUGGUAUUUGCCUUCGGUGGUAUCACGGCCACACCGGCGACAAAGCCGCGCUUAAGGAUGCAAUUUCGCGUCAACGCGAGGCACUCACCCACUAUCCGGAGGGAAAUGCGAAUCGUGGUCUAUCCCUCUCUGAACUUGGGGAAUGUCUUCGAUGGCGUUACAAGCACUCCGGAGACAAAUUUGCUCUAGAGGAGGCAAUAUCUCUUCAACGAGCGGCCCUUCAAAUACGUGGAAAAGGACAUCCUAACCGUGGCUACUCCCUUGCGGAGCUCGCUACAUGUCUUCGGAUGGAUUACGAGUGUUCAGGUCGAGAAGCAUCCCUGCAAGAAGCAAUCUCACUUCAGUCAGAGGCACUAGCCCUCCGCCCAGAGGGUCACUCCGAACGCCGCUACUCACUUCAUGAGCUGGGAGAGUGCUGGCGACUGCACUUCAAACGCUUCCGCCACACAACCUCCCUCGAGGAAGCCAUCUCAUUCCAUCGCGAGGCGCUCGCGCUACAUCCUCAGCAAUACAGCCAUCGCGACUUGUCCGUGUUUAUGUUGGGAAAAUGUCUCCAACUGCACUAUCGGCAGUCGCGUCAGGUCAGUGUCCUUGAAGAGGCUAUCAUGUUUCAUCGCGAGGCUUUGUCGCAUCGUCCGGAAGGGCACCCUUCCCGCGGCGCCUCCCUUGUCGAGCUUGCUGAUUGCCUGCGAUUGCACCACACGAAUGAACCGCUGUCAGGUGCUUUAGAGGAAGCAAUAUCACUCCAACGGCAAACCCUCGCGAUGACUUUAGAUAGCAAUCCUCAUGAC